CUUUGUGCGCCGUUCGCGCACCGCCUCACCCGGCUUCAGUCUGCUUCGAGCGCUCGCAGAAAAACCAAUCUCUCUCCGGGUUUCUCCCUUAGAGAAUAGAGCUUAUUCAUUCGCAUUUAUAAAGCAGUCGCGAUUUACUGCGACUCAGUUCGGCGUUGGCCACGGCAGUAUGCACAGUGCAGUAUAAGUACAAUAUCCAAGCUUUUUGCGAAAUACGCGGAGGAAGUCUGUAUAGUUGAUCGAAAUUUUGUUUUCGUUCGACGAGUGUGUGCGUCGUGUAAAGUGUAGGUAUAGCCACAUGAAGAGCGUCGACGUCGACAUGACGGAAGGGGAUCAUUACGUCGCAAACAUGGAAUACCAGCUACUGUGGAAAACCCGCGACGAGAAGAUUAAGCGCUCCGCCACCGACGCAGCGUUCCUCAUUAUUUUUGGUCUGUUGACCGUGUUGUGGAUUGGCAUAGGAAUUCAUGGCUUCACCAAUGGCGAUGGCAUUCCCACUGAAGUAACAAUCCAAGUGGAAAAAUGGAUGAUACAAAAUAAGAUAAUGGAAGCGCUAUCCUAUAGCAAGGGCGCCUGCUUCGGAUUUAUCUGGUUCGCCGCACUGCUGAUAGCAUUGUUCUUCAUUAUGGUGCGCUGGGUCACAAAAUUCACGAUAUUUGCUACGCUCGUCGUAGACGGCUUAGGUUGCCUAUUUGUGUCCUACUCUUUCCUGAUGACCAGAGUGUUUCUUAUUUUCAUGCUCUCUCUGACGAAAUGGUUGAUCCUUGGAGUUACGAUAUAUGCGCUCAAAAAAGUAGGAACGAAGACCGUCUGCAAAGUUUUGCAGGAUGCUUGCAAAACCAUGAUUUGCUUCCCAUCUUCAUUACUCAUUGUAUUGCUAGAGUUAGCCAUACAAGUGGGAGUUGUCGCGUUCACCAUAGGGGCUACCGUCUAUUUGCUUUUCAUCAGAAUAUCGACCGUCCGAGUGGAAGAUGAGUCUGAUGAAUACUCGUACUUGAGGCGAUUUGGGAUAGAGACGUAUCGACAAGAAGUUGUCGUGAACCCGCCGACUUACGUCAGAAUUUUACUUCUGGUUUUAAUCGGCACCUCUUUAUGGAUCACUCAAUUCGUCGGAACUUUCAGAUCUAUGCUGUUGCACGGAAUGUUCUCACACUGGUACAGAGCCACGGAUAAAAAGAACAUUUCGAGCACAGUUGGCUUACGCUGCCUCGCCACCACCUCAAGGUAUCACAUGGGAACUGUUGCCUUUUCUUGCACGAUCUUUGCGAUCAUUCCCAUGAUUGGAGCACUAUUCAACUCGGCAAAUGGUCUUGCAAAGCUGAUUCGUAAGCGACCAAGCUCACUGUGCGCUUUGUGGUUUGCACUAGUGCAAUCGCUGUCCAACGCGUCGAUCAUGUGCAUCUCUUAUGGCACGUCUCUAUGUCAAUCGACGAAGGAUGGGCUUCAACUCGUAAUGCGCAACCCAUUGAAGUACAUCGCCGUGCACGCGAUAAGCUAUUGGGUAAUCUUUUACGGGCUCGUGACUAUUUUGCUUAUAGCAACAGGCGCUAGCUAUCUUUACUUUGUAAACCAAAUAAUUGUUGACCCCAACAACUUUGAACAAAUUCAAUCGUUUAUCUUCGCACCGCUUAUUGUUGUUAUCAUAUCUUCGAGCAUAUUAGCAGCUAUGUUAAUCGUAAUACUUAAAAACGCCGUAGAAGCAGUGACUAUAUGCUUCUUCGAAGAGUCGAAUCUUACAAAGACAGGCUUAGAAGACGCGGAUCACGAAAUGUAACAUAAUACCAUAUUUUUUACUUAGACUACAUAAUAAGUUAAGAUAUUUUUUGUACUCUAUUUGUACGUUGCGUUCGUGUUAAAUUAUAAAUAUAUGUAUACUUAAAGUAUAUGCUUUAUAUGUAAGAUUCAACGUAUAAUUCGAUAUACGAUUUUUUGUAUUGUUUGCCAAAGUUAAUAAAUACAUAACUAUCUAUGUCUGAGACAAAACAUAUACAAUCUGUUGUGGUUGAAGCCCUCGACGAAAAUUCCCGAUCAUGAAAAAAUCCAAGUGUUGGAAUAUGCCAUAGUGACUGGAUACUCAUGGCAUGCCUAUAGCAAAAAUGAUAAAACAUACGUUCGGAGUAUGUUUUAUAAACAAAAUUGUGAGAAGUCUAUGCGUAAGCCCCAAAGUAUUUGUUCUAUAGUUAGUCUCUGCCGAUCAGUCGCACUAUAAAUACCUACCUUCCUCGUGCAUUUUAAUAUAGAUACUUUUAUUCGAAUCUAUCACCAAAACUGUAUUUGUUUAAUACCCAUUUCCAAUAAUAAGUAUCAAUAAUCGCACCGACUUCUAUUUUUCAGCCUUUCCGGAAUAAAUGUUAGAUAUAAAUAGAUUCACACGACGGCCGGGGGUUCACACCUACAUUAAUGCGCACUUACACAGUCUCGCGGGCGAAGAACGCAACGCGUCCUUUGUGCACCGCAAGCGGCGCUCGUGCAGCCGGUGCAGCUGCAGUCGGCUUCUAGCUCUCUCAAGGCGAGUUUUGGGUUUUUACGCUCGGAUUUAUCGGUCAGUCGGGUGACUGUGGGUAUACUUAUAAACAUCGUCAGUGUUUUGCUGCGGCUUGUGUUGGCUGAAAUAAAUCUCGAUACUUGUACGAUUGCGGUGCCGAUGAACUGUAACGACUUCGGAUCUUAUUAAUGUAGUUUUCUGUUUGGUGCGAUCGGUAUCGUGUGAAGAAUUUGUGCAGCAUCGUCGAGUGCGAAGAUGGAAGGAGCCCAUUUCG